AUGUUUCUCACUUUGUUGCCUGCUGUCAAAGAGAGCCAUUCCCCGACAACGAGCUGUGAUGGCAACGAACCCAGCACUCCGUCUCACCUCUCAGGGAAGGGGAAGCACCUGCCUGCUGCGAGAACACAUCGACAUUUUGUCCUCGAUCUGCUAGCAAAGCUAGCCGCUGUGCGUAGCGGACCACACUCCCAAUCAGGGAAAUCGUUACACCACACACACCUCUUCUACAAGGAGAUCCAGCAAGAAUCAAGGCUGUUGGACGCUUUCACUUGGUCCCUAAACACGAGGGGCAGACCGCAUCCAACCCCAGACGGUAACUUGACAGCGUCAAAGGCGCCGGGAACCGAGUAUCGCACAUCAUCGGUCGGUCGGUUUUUGGAUCGAUCUGAAGAAGGAUGCGGGGCUGUUCGUGGUUCGGCUUCUUGCGGCGCCGUCUUGCCCAACCUUGUCAUGGGAUCGGGGUUUCUGGCACUACCGGCGGCGUUUGUGGCGACGGGGAUGUUUCUUGGCGUCGCCGUGUUGUUCGCGUGCAUGGGGCUAUUGAGGAUGACGGCCAUGUACGAGGUGGAGACGAUGUGUCGGGCAGAGGCGUGGAUGAAGGCCAACUUGGUUCCUCUCGUCCACAAGCAGAGGGCUAGGCGAGCCUUCAACUUCGUGCUGUUCCUGUACAUGUUCUGCGCCCUAUGGGGCUACGGCGCCGUGUUUGGCGAGGCCCUCGCCACCUACGCGCCCGUACCGUUCCUAGGACCGGCCGGCGCCUACCGCAUGUACGUGGUCUUGUUUGGGAUGGUGGUGGUGCCCAUGUCCACGCUGGAAAUCAAGGAGCAGGCGAUGUUUCAGGUCGUCUUGACCAUCCUGCGCUUCAUGGCGUUGGUGGUGAUGGUCGGGACUAUCUUGGCUUCCCUGUACACAGGUGGAGAGCCCUUCGGCCCAGGGACGGAGGAAUUCGUAGGCACGACGCCGUUAGCCACUUGGAGAGGGAUUUUUAAGGCCGUCCCCGCUGGCAUCUUCGCGCUGUCGCUGGCUGCCACGACUCCGACCAUUGUGUCAGGCCUGGACCAAAAGCAUUCCGUCGGGAACGUGGUGUGGGCAGCUAUGAUCAGCGCGACUAUAACCUACACAGGCAUCUCACUCGCCACGGCCUACUACUUUGGCUCGAGCGUGCACGGCAGCUGCAACGUGAGCUGGGCCAACUACUCCCCCAAGGGCGAUGGUCCUGUCGCGUCGCUGCUGGCCACUUCCGGCCGCAUGAUGGCCUACUUCGUGGUGCUGUUUCCCGCCAUGGACGUUACCAGCGUGUACCCUCUCAAUGUCAUGGUGGUCGCGAAUAACAUGAUGGCGGCGGUGUACAACGACCAUGUGGACAACGCAGAAAACGACUCGGUGAUCGUCACGACCUUUAGAAUCUUGUGCGCCGUGCCACCGCUGCUAUGUGCUCUGCUGUGGAAGGACUUCGCCGCGAUUGUGGGGUAUGCGGGCUGCUUGACGGUGAUGAUCGCGUUCGUCUUCCCGGCGUACGUCAACCUCCUCUCCAAGAGAAUGUGCGAGGAACGGUUCGGGGCGAGUAAAACGCCCUUCACUGGGGCCAUAACGUCGUCAACCCCUGCCCUGUACGCCUGCAUUGGCUUUGGGCUGCUGUUGUUCGUAUGCUUGAUAGGCGACGAUAUCGCGACGAUCCUAUCGUCCGAGUAGUUGUUCCUCCCUCAAGCUUGAAGAGCCGCGUUGAUUUGAAGCCGGUUUUCUGCGGUCUCCCCCCGCCAGCAUGCUAGUUCUAAUGUUGUGUGCUGGGAGAGAGCCAAGUCGAGUCUCAAGCCAAAGCAUAAAACGUUUGGUGCGACUUGCAUUGGAGUCGACACGCCUCGGUUUGGUUUGAAGUUCGUAUUUUCUUUUACUUUGUAUAUUUUGCGUGGUGACUGAUGGCGGAUUGUUUGUGUCGAUGCUAUAAUAGUGGGUCAUCGGUGACUGUCCCUACCACUUGGCGUCGACGGACGGGGGUUGGGGCAACGCCAAGAAGGCAGGGCUCGUUUCAUGUUGAUGGCGUUCGUCAACGGCACCUUUGGCGCAAGAGCACGCUCUUCCGCAAACGGUUGCAUCGCACAGCGGUACCCUUGAUCUCUGCACGAAAGUGGCGCGGUGGGACAACCUGAGGUCAGACGUUUUGGAAGAUAUUUCGUGCGUGUCUGUACCCUUUGAUAUUUUCACCUGGUGUUGGCGUUGGGUAUUUUACCUCUGUCGUUUGGAGGAUCUGGCACGCCAUUUUAUCCUAGACGUGUCUCCGAGGGAUAGUUGGUGUUCCUUCCGACAUGUGUACUAGCUGUGUGUUUGAUGUACUAAACCUCUUCCACGUACUUGGUGUCCUUAUUAGGCGAUGUUGGACGACUUGUCCGGCAGGUUGCAGUCAAGUGCUGCUAGGUUCUGUGGACCUUUCCAGUCUCUUUUCCCCAUUCCCUCUAUAAGGUUUAGGGUUGUGGUUUAGCGUAUCCCGGACAUUUAUUUUUUUGUCCGAAAGUGUUGAUGUUUGAGGCUCGCGUUGAAAGAUGUAGACUAUCCAACAAUGUACAUCCAUUUCUCUCCGGCGGUGUGCCAGUCCUACUUUGUCGACCUCCACCAUUGGUUUAGAAUCACGCAGACUCUCGAAACGACUUCUUGGACAUGGACACCAGGCAAACGCCUGCAUGUACCGUUGAUAGUCUGUAUCACUCGCCGAGGAAGAUCUCGAGUUCCGGACAUGACUUGCAGUGGCGGACACGCUACAUCCGCAGUUCGUAGGAACAACCCAUCAAGCCCCCUCCAGCACUAAGAAAGCCGGCAUCAACCACGACGGAGGCUGUUGUCGCUGUACUGUACGCUGUC